UUUUUAAGCACAUAUUUUGCGGAAUUUACGUACAUACAUACAUAUCCGCGCUCUGUUAAUAAGCCACAAAAUUGGUCUUAUUGUCCAACUCCAUUUAUUUCUCAGUACGAGUCUCGUCCGACGAGAGAUAAGAGUAGAAAAAUGACCAGCACCACGACUUGUUGUAAGGGAAAGCCUGUGACUGAGGAGGAUGUCCAACUGAAGGCCAGCGUUCGAAAAGCCUACGCAGAGGUGGCUGUGAAAAAUUCAGCCGGAAAAGCCGUCGGGAUUCAGUCCUCCUGUUGCGGAGCCCCAAAGGAAGUGGACAUCGAGUACUGCAAAAAAUUUCUGGGUUACACUGACGACGAUAUGAAAACCAUGGUUGAUGGGGCAAACAUGGGGCUGGGAUGUGGAAAUCCGACCGCCAUAGCUGAACUGAAAGAGGGCCAAGUUGUUUUGGACUUGGGGAGUGGGGGUGGCUUUGAUUGCUUCCUGGCAGCCAAAAAAGUUGGAAAAACUGGGACCGUCAUUGGAGUAGAUAUGACACCGGAAAUGUUACAUAAGGCUCGUCUUAAUGCUCGAAAAGGGGGAUAUACAAAUGUCAGCUUUCGUCUUGGAGAGAUUGAACAUCUUCCAGUGGCUGAUAACACAGUGGAUGCCAUCAUAUCGAACUGUGUCAUCAAUCUAGCCACCGACAAAGCCCAAGUAAUCCGGGAGGCCGCACGCGUUUUGAGACGGGGUGGUCGUCUCGCAAUUUCCGACAUCGUUGCGACCAGCCCUUUGCCAGAGGAGAUCAAGCAAGACCUGGAAUUGUAUAAUGGUUGCAUGGCUGGAGCCACCCCGGUCGGUGAGUUGAAGGAAGCUCUGGAAAAUGCUGGAUUUACCAACAUUUCCAUCCAAGUGAACGAAGAGAGCCGUCAAUUUAUCGAAAAAUGGUCCCACAUUGACCGUGGAGUGCAAAAUUAUGUGGCUUCAGCCAUAAUUGAGGCUGCCAAAAUGUGA